AAGAACACUGCAGAUGAAAAAUCAAAGUUUUCUCUAAUAAAAAAAAUAAGAGAUUUGAUUUUAAUUUUGCAGACUUUACAGCUAGAAGCAUGGGGACUCCGAAGCCUCUCUCCAUCUCUUUCUCUCUGCACCAAAUCAGAGGGCUCUAAAAAAAGUCAAGAAAAGAAUGUGGUGGCACGUCAAGAGAGCACCAAACUGCUGGCCACCAAAACAACAGUUGAAUUCCCUAAAAAGUUGUUUCCUAGUUCUCACACACCAUCUGCAAAUAAAAUUGAGACCAAGACCAUAACUAGUACUAGCAAUGAGGAAGCUUUAAAGUUAACGGAUGAAGAGGUGAGGAAAUUCUUGUCAAGAAAAACUUUGGUAGCAUUUCCUGAGCGAGUAACACUUUCCUCACUUGAAGGAAAGGCUUCUGUCACAACAAGAGAAGGUUUGAGCAAGAAGUUGGCUAAGGAAGAGUCUUCAUCCAGCUCUGAAUCAGAUUCCAGCUCUGAUUCUGAUGAAGAAGAUAGUGCCUCAGGAAUUUCCACUAAAACCAGAGUAGAGUUUCCAAGACGAGAUCCCUUCUUUUUUGAGAACAGAACAGUGAAGGUAAUGACAUUGGCAGAAGAGAGCUUGUCCCAGAAAGGAGAUGAAGAAUAUAUACCUAAGAAGCAGCCCAGGCCAGAAAUUGAAGUGCCUCACAUCAAGCAGAUGGAGUCUGGUAAAACAGCAACACCCAAAAAUAAAAUAUUAAAGUCAGAAACAAGAGAAUCUUCUGUGAAACAAAGCCCAAAAGGGACAGAUUUGCAGAAGUCAAUCUCAAAAACACAGGCUAAAGAAAGCCAAAAGCCAACAGCCGUCAGACUUAAGGAACCUAGGCGCUUGGUAGAGCCUCCCAUUGGAGCCCCACCAGCAGCAGCACAGCUAAAAGUUCCGCCAGGGCCUCAGCAAGAAGUGGAACAAAAGCUGACUUUGAGAUGGGAAGAAACCAAGACAAGGGAGGUACAGGAGACUGAGAUAAACGAAAAAGCUUCUCCUAAACUACAAGAGGAGUUUUUGAAGGAGACACCCUUCAUGGUAAACACUACAACAGAGGAGGAGAUCAUUCAAGAAGCUGGAGCUCAGACUGAAGAGCAAGGCACUACACAGGAGACCAAAACAGCUGCCGCAUCUGCACAGGAGGAAUUUGAUAAUUCUACCUACAAGAACCUUCAGCAUCAUGAGUAUAACAUGUAUACCUUUGUGGAUUUUGACGUGGAGCUCUCACAAUUCAGACAGCCUCAGCCAUCUUCUGGAAGGCUGUCACCAAGGCACUAAAAGAGCCAAGAUGAAAACAAAUGUUGAAGUCUAUUUGAAUGAAUUGCUCUGACACUGCUGCACUGUCCAUAUUGUAAAAAAUAAAUAAACUUGCAAUAAUUUACGCUGAU